UGACACAAUACUCCGAUGUCACUAACGGCAUACACAAAUAUAAAAAUCAAACAUGUGGACACUAUUCCAAAAAAUUCAAGACGAUGAUGUCAAGAUUUCUCCCGCACAUCAACGUAAACCGAUGGGCAUCUAAAGCGAAAGAGGGAAUCCAGCAUUCCAUCGUCUUCGCCAAGUUCCUCUGCAUAUUGCACGUCGCCGACCGUUACCUCUGCUCUCCUCUUAUGGUUUACGGUCCGAGCAUGCUUCCGACCUUGAAUUUGACCGGCGACGUGCUGCUGGUGGAACGCGUGUCACCGCUGCUGGGGAAGGUGGGUCCCGGUGACGUCGUCCUGGUUCGAUCCGUUGAUAACCCUAGAAAGCUUAUCACCAAGCGUAUCAUGGGAAUGGGGGGCGAUUUCGUCACUUUUCUACCCGAGCCCGGACUUAGUGACCGCUCUGUCACUGUAAAGGUCCCAAAAGGGCAUGUUUGGCUUCAAGGAGAUAAUAUAUAUGCAUCUAAGGAUUCAAGGCAACUUGGGCCAUUCCCAUAUGGUCUCAUUAUGGGAAAAGUCUUCUAUAGAGUAUGGCCCCCCGAAGGGUUUGGUUCUUUGGGACGACAAGAACUAUAAGUGAACUAUCUAUCCCCAAUGGGGGACUGAGAGAUUCUAAAACAUGACAAGAAAUGGAAAGAAGAGAGAUAAUGAAGGGAGAUAAGAAUUGGAGGAAGAGAGGGAUGGUAAAAGUGCAAUCCCUCAGCCUCUUAGAUGAUGAGCCUCAUUCUAUGUUGUUGUUUAGAUUCAAUUUUGAAUCUUAAUUUUGAAAAAUUGGGGCUGAAAUUGAAUGGUUUU